AAACAACGAAGAAGAAGAGGUCAGCUGACUGAAGCUAGUUGUCAGUUUAGCUGCAGGUGAGAAAUAGAAAUAUCUCUUGCUGGAAGAAAGAAAUAAGUACUGUUUGAAAGGUUUUAUUGUCAAGCAGAUUGCACAUUGCUGCAGACAUUAAAGGUAUAAGAGCAUGAAAGGUUUAUACUGCCGAGCUGGAGUGAGUGAUGCUGAGCCAAAGUUCGUUAUCCAGGAAACGAGUCUUCCAGAGGUUUUAGGCAGUCACCUGGUCAGAGUUCAGGUAAAGGCAUGUGGACUCAGCCCACUGGAUCUCAAGCUGCUCGAUGACUUGGGGAUCCAGAGAGAUUUAAUUCCUGUUGGCAGAGAGGUGGCCGGGGUCGUCCAGCAAGUGGGCGACAAGGUCUCUUUCUUCCAGCCAGAGGACGAGGUUGUAGGUAUUCUGCCUCUGGACUCUCCUUGCUCUGGACUCUGUGAUGUCAUUGACAUAGACGAACACUAUUUAGUUCAGAAGCCAGAGAAGCUCAGCUCGGUGUGUGUUGCUGGAGCGCUGCGGGACGGCCUCUGUGCCUACACCGCUCUACACACACAAGCUCGCAUAGCAGCAGGACACACACUCCUGGUCAUGGACGGAGCCAGCUCUUUUGGCCUUAUGUGCAUCCAGUUGGCGUGUUAUCACGGAGUGAAGGUUUUUACGACAUCACACUCGCCACAAGAACACACAUUCCUGAAGCAGCUUCGGCCCAGCGUAGGUGUUCAGGAUCCUUUAGUCGUUAAGGUUAUUCCAGUUUAUAAUGGCUCAUCAGACUUGCUGCCAGUGGUUUUGGAGGAGACAGGAGGACUGGGAGUGGAUAUCGUCAUAGACUCUGGAGUGCGUCUGCAUGAGGAAGAGUCAGAGGAGGCGAAGCUCCUCCCACACAAACAUGACAUCAUCAGUGUGCUGGGAGUGGGGGGACACUGGGUCACAUCCCACAAAGACCUGCAGAUGGAUCCUCCAGAUUGCAGAUUAUUGUUCUUAAAAUCGGCCUCUAUAUCUUUUCUCAACCAUGAAGUGUGGACGGCUUCAUCAGCUCAGCAAGGAAGAUACUUGCAUAUUCUGAAGGACAUCGUGGAGAAGAUGUCAACUGGAGUACUCAGACCUCAGCCUGAGGAGGCGUUCCCGCUCUAUGAGGCCACUGUUGCCAUGGAGACUGUUCAGCGUCACCAGAAGAAAAAAGCUGUAGUUCAACUCUGAUCACAUUCGUCUACGACUCUUUGUUUUUACUUGUGAAAUGUUUUUAGGAACCUGAAACCUGCAGAAUCAUGCAUCAUGCAGACAGGCAGACAUCAUGAACCAGUUGCCAGUCUGAGUUAACACUGAGGACAAACACUCAUUAACACCUGUGGUCAGAGUCUGCAGGUCAUCUGACCUGAUUGACUCAAAGCUGCAGGAAGAAUCAAUUUUCUUCAGGUUCUGAGGAAACACUUCCAACGAACAAGCCGCUGUGUUUCCUUCAAACACGGAAACCUUUGACCAAAAUCUGAAUAUGUAUGUGUUUAGGAGAUUAGGAUUAUUUGUUACUACAUAUUUUCAUGAGAAUCCAUUCACUUGACAAGUGAAAAGACAAGUGCAAUUCCUGCUUUCUAUGUUUUAUGUUUUGCCUAUAAAUCAUCCAAAUUACAAUAUAAACAGGAUCAUGAUUGUGGAACACUUCCAUUUUUGUCUUUUUUUAUUUGAGUCUCAAGUAAAACUCCUGAACAGAAAUGAUCAGGAACUGUACUGUAACUUUUAAACAGUAAAUAAAUAAGAAAGCAUG